AGGACUCGAGGCUAGUGAUAGAAAAGUUCAAGUCGGGGUUCCCGAUCCCGGGAGACUUCCCUUUCGAGGACCUGAGUGCGAUGAAGUCCGGGGAAUCCUCGACGACGCUGAACGGCGGCGGGAGCGGCGACGACUCGUCGACGAUGAUUGCGAGCAGCAACGGCGGCGCCGGAGAGUCGUCCCCGGCCUCCGCCAACAUCAUCAACGGCCUCGGCAAGUCCAACAAAGGCGGACUGACUCUCAAGGGCACCCUGUCCGCGUCUAGACUCAAAAAGCGCGGCGGGAUCUUCGGCAUCUUCGGCUCGCACAAGAAUGGUAACGCGUCUCCGUUUCCGGAUGCGAAGGAGGAUUGGAGUGAAUUGCCGCCGAAUCAGAGACGGAAAAAAGUGCAGCAGAAGCUUGAAGAACUGAAUGCUAAAAUUCAGCAAGAAACAGCUACAAGGGACGCACUGAUGCGGAUGAAGGAGGUGUACACGUCGAGCCCAGCCCUGGGAGACCCCGCGUCAACCGAGGGCCAGCUGUCCGAGAGCGGCGUCCGUCUGGACCGUCUCCGCAAAGAACUCGUCCACUACCAGCACAUGCUGGAAGAGACGGCCAACCCGGCCGUGACGCCGGGCACAGGUGGCCCUGGCCGCAGGGCCGGCCUCAGCCCGCCGAUGCGAGGCCAGUCCAACAAUAACAACAACAACAACCAUAGCCUCAACAAUCGGACGGGAGGCUCGACGGCGUCGUCGGAGCGCCACAGUUUGUCUGACGAAGGGGAAGAGUCUCUGAGUAGGAGUGCGUCGGACUCGUCAGUGUCGAACCCGGCGAACCCACAUGCCCCGCUUCCCAAGGCCCCGAUGCGGCACGUGAGUGCCCAUGGGCACAAGAGUCAGACAUCAUCCAAUGGGGACGCACUGAUGCGGAUGAAGGAGGUGUACACGUCGAGCCCAGCCCUGGGAGACCCCGCGUCAACCGAGGGCCAGCUGUCCGAGAGCGGCGUCCGUCUGGACCGUCUCCGCAAAGAACUCGUCCACUACCAGCACAUGCUGGAAGAGACGGCCAACCCGGCCGUGACGCCGGGCACAGGUGGCCCUGGCCGCAGGGCCGGCCUCAGCCCGCCGAUGCGAGGCCAGUCCAACAAUAACAACAACAACAACCAUAGCCUCAACAAUCGGACGGGAGGCUCGACGGCGUCGUCGGAGCGCCACAGUUUGUCUGACGAAGGGGAAGAGUCUCUGAGUAGGAGUGCGUCGGACUCGUCAGUGUCGAACCCGGCGAACCCACAUGCCCCGCUUCCCAAGGCCCCGAUGCGGCAUGUGAGUGCCCAUGGGCACAAGAGUCAGACAUCUUCCAAUGGUUGGACGGCCUCGCACUACUGGUCCCACCUGCAGCUGAACAUGGACUAUAAAGGACUGACGACGGUUUGGACUGAGCAGCGCUCGCGUAAGACCAACGGCGAGGCGGCGGCGACUCGGAGGCGCCCGUGCUGGCUCGACUACCGCACGCCGUCCACCUCGGCGCUCCACAAUAACAGUCCAGGGUAUCUAGACAAACCCGUGCCUGUCCCUCAAAAGCAAACGAAAGCCCGUCACUUGGAUUCCUUUUCCUUUCUCGAGUCGAGCAACAGUCCAGAGUCGGGCUUGGGAAUGAGUCGAGUGAGUUUACCCGACUCGGAGAACGGCGGCGGAAGUGGGAGCGGAAGUGGCGGUGCUGCCAGUGCCACACACGACGUGCAGGAAGAAGACGCGGAAUAUUUUUACGACGACAACGAAGCGCUGACGAUCCUUGGCACGUGUCGUGCCUUAUAUUCGUUCGACGCCCAAAGCGAGGGUAGCAUACCCAUGUGCGAAGGAGAAGACUUGCAAGUGAUCGAGCUGGACCAGGGAGACGGUUGGACACGGGUGCGUCGUGUGGACCAGUCGGAAGAGGGUUUCGUGCCCACGUCGUACAUUGAGAUCUCCCUCAGGGGCUCGUGUUGAUCCCGUGUCUUCUCUACCACUCGCCCUUUUGAUCCCUUCUGCGCAAUUACAAGAAGAAGAAGAAAAAACGAGUCCAAUUCCCAAACAUAUAUUAUUUCGUCUUCUCUAUUUAUUUCCCCCCGCUUUUUGACAGAAACUCAUUUGGUGUGACAUACGUUUGACUUGAUGUUGCGUCAUCAUUUUUUCCGAGAAGUGGAUAUUUUCAAGAGCGGAUUGACUGUCGCGUCGCUGAAUUCCAUUCCAUUUUGAAGUUUUGGACCUUUGCCAAUGUUUGUUCUUCAAUUGGCCUAGUUUUUCUGUUUGAAUUUUGAUUUCGUGGACAAAUGCUUGGACCCCAGGAUUUCCUUUUUCCGAACCCUGCUGCCGGACUGAUCUUAUUCCUGUAUACUAGACUUUCAAGUACAAUAAGUAAUUAAAUUUCCCGCACUGGUUGUUUGUUUUCUUUUUUAUAAUUUUGUAAGAUUUCUGGGGUGUUUGGCAAUACGAGGGGGUUUGAUUCGUUUCGAAAUUCGUGCCAGACGUGCGGCAAAAAAACUUUUUUGCUUGAAGAUUCAAGACGCUCUAUACAUUUCGUUAGCGGGUGACUGCGUAGAGUUCUCGUGAUUUCAUGACGACGGCGGACGUGGUUUCGUUUUCCUGUUUAAUUUCCUAUAGGACGAUGAUAUUCGGUUGUGUUUUUUGAGAGAUUGUCGUGAGGAUGCAGCGAAAUGGUUUUUUAGUUGGCCUGGAAGAUUUUUAGCUGGCGAUGGCGCGGUGAUUUUUUUGUCUCCAUUGGGAUUUGAGCGAUGACUCAUCGGCGCGGAGGGAAUAUUUGGCGAGGUAUUCCUGCGAAAUGUAUGCGUUCUUAUGCCAUAUUUUGGGGUGACGAAGAAAAAGUGUAGAGAUGCGCUAGAAUUUGUUUCCGUCUUGAUGCUUCCGAGAAGAGAAAUCAAUUCGCUCUGAAUGUGGUCUGAUGUAAGCUUCCCUAUAUUUCCCCCCCUUUUGGACCGUACUGGAGCGAAUGUUUUUAUUCUGGAGGAACAAAGAAUACGAGUAUUUAAAAGAAAAGCUUCGCUCAUUCUCCCGCUUUUUACUUUUUUAGUUCCUGCUCGCCUCGAAUUGACAAGAGAGUGGAAACAGAGAGGUCUAUUUUCUAACGGAUAACUGCUUCGAUCAAACUGGGAUUGUCGGGAGUUUUCCAAACGAAAGAAUAUCCCCGAUUAUGAUUUUUUUUUCUGUGGGUAAUCCGUUGAUCUUGGAUUUUGAUGCACAUCAGAAACUUGGAGCAACGUUCGUGAAGUGAGAUUGUCUAAAUGGUCGUAGGUGUCGCUUGAUUUCCAGCACUAUCCGCAAAGCUUGGGAUCUUUUUCCGAAUUUCAUUGUUGUGUACCUCCCGAGAAGCAAAGAAUUAAGGAAGGAAGGAAGCGUAUUGUGAUAACUGACUGCUUCUAAGUUCUCGUGAACGAAUUGCUCUUUUGGAAAAUUGAAAUCCGUUAUGAAAGCAAGAUUUUGCGAGAAAUGCUUCAAUGGCAAUGUGGUUUUUUUUUCGUUACUCGCUCAUGUGAAUUUUUACUUCGAGCCUCUUCCUCAGACUCACGUUGUUGUGGGAAUGUUUUUUUUUU